AUGAUGACGGAUCGCGCCUUGGGCACGCUGUUGCUGGCGUGCAACUCGAGCUUCUUUAUCUACUACGUUCUUUGGAUCGGUGUAAUGCCGUUCGUGGACGAGUCGCACUUCACGCAAGCACUCUUUCUCCCCCGCGAGUACGGUCUGCUGCUCGCGGCGCUCGUCAUGACAACCGCUGUCGGGGUCGGCAUGUUCGUCGGGUCUCUUCACACCAUCUGGCGGACUGGCUACGUGCCCCCGUCAAGAACGUCGAUGGGGACCGGGGCAACCCUAUUAGCAUCCGACACGACCACAGGUAGAGUGGCGCCAGAGGUCACCAUGGCGGCCAAGUGA